ACCUGAGGUCUGCGAAAUGAAAUAGCCGUUUAUCCAUUUUCUCAUUCGGAAUGGGAGCAGGGGGUGAAACGGACUAUAUCUGUUGAUUCAACGGGAUUGUGAGCGUGCUUUAAUUUCAAUUGAAAGACAAAUACAAGCUUGAAUGAAAAACUUGCGGUGGUCCACCUCAUAGGGCCCCCCGUAUGGACGAUGACGAGGACGAUGUGUUUGAGCCAGACUCGUACCUCUCGCACACCACCGUCAGGGAGAUAAAGUGCAAAGACCGGGGGACGCAGACAAACGGCCCUGCCCUGGUCAGCGCCAACGGCAUGCUGCAGCCCAGACGCCUCUUUCACGGCAACGCAGGCUUUCGAUCGCACUUGUCGGCUCCCUUUGAGCUGGGCGGCGAGCAGCAGGAGGAGCAGCAGCGAGGCAUGGAGCGGGAGAUGGACGCGGAGCUGUGGCGGAUGCAGCAGCAGCAGCAGCAGCAGCAGCAGCAGCAUCAACGGCAGCCGGCGGCGCUCAGCGUGGAGGCCCACAUCGGACAGAAGCUGCGUGUCAUAGGAGACCAGUUCCACGGGGAAAACCUGCAACAGUUUCAUCGAAACCAAAGGAACCAGGGCGGCGUGUGGUGGCGCCGCCUGCUCCACCUCCUGUUUGACGGGGGCCUCAUCGCCGGAUGGGUUGGAGCGGGGCCGAGGUGAAAGGACCCUCUGUUUUUUUAUUUUUUCUUUCUUAAUCUUCUCUGAGGACCUGGAAGACUCCCAAUGGCACUGUCGAAUCUCAAACACGGGUCGGGGCUUCUCGUGGGGGGGUGGGGGGGAGACUUGGGACAAACGGGGGAGGGAAGGGGGAGGAAAAGGGGUCGCCGCGGGACGGAGACAAGCAACGUUUUAUACAUGGUUGUUUGUUUUCUUUUCUUUUUUUUUCAUUCCAAGAAGAUGCCAUGUUGUUCUGAGGUUUUUCCACUCACAGGGCAAUGUUACUUUUUUGAUUUUUGUUAAUCAACGUAGUAUUUUGUACAGUACAUUGUUCUUGUUGGAUUUGUUUGCACUUCGACAUCCACCUGGAAUGAACUCCGCGGACCGUGGGAAUGCCUUACUUGAUGUCCCCUACCACAACAACGUCUGAAGCAAGUCACUCACAGUGAGAUGGGAAGGACUUAAGUUGGGGAAAGAAAUAUGAUUCAGGGUUUUCUUUUCCCCGGGUAUCAUCUUUGACCCAUUUCCAAAGAGGCAGUUUCUCAGAGAAAUGCAUUUUGCACCUCAACUUUUAACUUCUCAAGGGAGUCAAAAUAGUUUGUUUUUUUCUACAUGUUUUCUUACUCACAGACUUUUGUAUUGAAUUGAAGGCAUACCCCAGUGUCAGUUAAAGUAUUGCAAUCAGAGCGCAGCACAGACGUUAUGUUGGCCUGUAAGACCACGUAAAAUAUCGGGCCAGUCGAGAAUCAUUCUUUAUUUACAAUUUCAGUCAAUGCCCGGUCAAUCCAUUAUUUCUAAUUGUGUCUCCAGUGAAAACUGGCUCCCAGUGUUUUAGACGUGUGCUUUUAAAUGAUUCACUUCAGACCUCCGUGCCCUUCAUGUGGAGCUGAGGAUCCACUGUUUUUGCACUAGAACACACACUUCAACCCGGCAAAGCCGACCUCUUGUCACGCAUGAAGGUUUUCGAGUCAGAUGUUACCGUUAGCGUGACUUGAGAUGCACACAUCCAAUAGCAUCACUAUUCACACACACACACACACACACACACACACACACACACACACACACACACACACACACACACACACACACACACACACACACACACACACACACACACACACACACACACACACACGCCUAUAUGAGACUGCAAAGAAACCGGAUGUUGUUGGGUGCAUAGAGUUAACACAGUAAAGCCACGUAUCUCCAAAACAAUGUUUCCAUUCAUGUUGUCUUCUGUCUGUGGUGUGCUUUCUGCAAACCUGUGUGUAACCUGGACACCAAAGCAAUACUGUACAGACCAACCUGUGAAACAACAGCAUCUCCCACUCACUCUCAGGAUAAUUGUUUUCAGGAUAAACCAUUUUCUCCUCCGUCGGGCGAUCAUGUAUUGUAACUGUUGGUGCUCUGCUGGAGACUAAUGCGGGACAUUUCUGUAAUAUUAUCACGGAACUAGUCGAGGAUUUGUCCCUUUUGAAAAAAAAAAAAAGAAAACGGUCUAAAGACCAAAAAAUAUGAUGUUUGAAGACACUGUUGAAGAUGCUGUUUUGCAGAUGUUGUUCGUUGUACUUUCAUUGGCCUAAGCCUAGCUUACUUCAUGGACCCAAGGAGCAGUGCAUAUCAGAGGGGGGGCUGUGGGCUUGAACUGUCCAAUCAGGGGAUCCGGUUGAUCUGCUUCCAACACCCUUGUUACUUAAAUCGAUACAAAAGGAAUAAGACUCCUUCUCCCCUUAGUAAAUAUCCUCCAUGUGCCUCAGGGAUCUAGUUGGCUGACAACCUUGAGAUUAAUAGGGAGGCAACCAUUUUAAAUGUCCUCAUCUACCCAAUUCGGACUAAAUCCACCCACUAAAGUUAUUACUGGUAUUAGUCAGCAGGUUCCAUAGCUCUCCUAUAGUUUAAAUCGUGUAGACAUGAAACCCCAUGGGAGAACCCUGCUGGACGUCCUGAUGGACCAGGGGCAGAACUUGGCUGGGGGGCGGGCUGGACGCCUGCAGCGAGUCCGGGGCUGCAGAACACAGUAGCAGUAGGAGGCGUGCGAGGUGAACGGAUUUUGCGGUUGUGGUAAUAGUUUCCUGCGGAUUGUGAACGCUGAGCCAGUCCCUCUGUAGCGUUGCGGGCUCGUCAUGGCGACAGCAGCGUUUCCCCCUCGUCCCCGGACCUCCUUCCUUUGCCCCCCACCACCACCACCACCUGCGCUGCACUGCUCCUUCUUAACUCGGGCAUAGGUCUUCUGUUUUUCUCUAUGUAAUUUAUUUUCUCUUCUUUUUUUUAUUUAGUUAUUUAUUUUGGACUUUUCGUUUUGUAUAUUUGACUGUUUCUACUGUAUACACCUUCGUGUGCAAUUUUUUUGUCUUUUUCAAUUCUUUUUUUGACAUUUGUCUUUUGGUUCUAGACGUGUAUACGAUUGUUUUGUUUGACUCGGUGCAGCACAAGGUUUGCCUGCAUUGAACAUGGCAUUCCUUAAAAAGGUAAACACUUCCAGGGAUGGACUAACUCUCCCUCCCUCUUACUGCGGACCCCACCCGUUGAGUCUUGGAUGCAUGGUUUAUUCUGCAUAGAAAUAUAGCGCUCCUUAAUACAAUUUCGGCCGAAGUAAAUGUUCCCACUAUCCACGGUUACAGCAGUAAAAGUCCUUAAAGUAUAUAGAUACAUCACUUCAAAUUGUCACUCUAAAGUCAGGGCAUUGGGUCUUUUUUUUCUUUUUCUUUUUUUAGCGCUGAUUAAUUAAAUUCUGAUCAUUGUAUUUGUAAUCAACAUGCACUGGAAAGUACUUUGUGUCUGCAGAUCCCAGGGCUAGUGAUACAUUGUGUGCUGUUGUACAGUAUUUACCUUGCGUUCCCUAUCUCUUGGUCUUGUCUGGGCUGAACUGGCCGUGAGCCUCCUAACUGUACUGUCACCUAUGCCCUAAAUUACGGACUGUUUGAUUUAUUGGAAAGGGAAGUGAGCCGCCAAGGUUCCCUGUAUAAUUUCAGAGAAGAGCCUCCAGGCUCGCACUCAACACGUUACGUGCGAGAGUGGCGGAGCAUGGGACGGGUCAUUUAUUGAAACCGUCAGUGUCUUGAAUUUUUUAGACCACUUUAUAAACAUUUUGAAGUUUUGAGGAAGGUUUUGAUUUUUUUCUUUUUUUUUUAUCACACCAUUUCUUAUUCAUGGUUCUUUUUAAACUUUAAAUUGUAUUUUCUUAUUAAAAGGGGGUCUGUUUUUGUACGGGUGGUUCAGGUUUUGUCAGAGCAUACCAUAAGUUGGUUGUUUUUAUAGUCCAAUGAGAUCCAGGGCUUAUUUUAUGAUUAUAAAGAUGAACUUCCACCAUUCCUUAUGCAGUAGAGUAGAGUGUUUAACAAAUCAACGUAAACCAAAAGGAUUCAAUGUUUUUCUUUCAUUAUUUGGUUCACAUCUAUGAAAUAAAUCCCCCCUUUUUUUAAGUACAAAAACAAUUGAUUGUUGAAACCCUGGAAAAUGCCUUUAACUGUUCAGUUUCAACAAAGUCUUGAAUAUCACACAUUCUCUGUAAACCAAGAAAUAAGACCCAGCGAAAAUGUAGCAUUUUUGUAAACAUUGACUGUGUGUUUUUGAGACUGUACUGUGCACUCUUUUUGUGUGAGUUUUUCUGUGUGUUUAUAUACGAUGGAAGUAAUGACUUUUUUUUUUUUUAAUGUAGUGCAAUAUGUUGUACAUACGGAGAUUCGCUCUACAAAUCUUUUUUCUAAAUUUCUUGUUGUUUUAUUGGUACCCUUUUUUCAAUAAAAAUGUUAUUGAACGUA